GUGUGUGCCCUGCUUCCCCACCCUCAACCCCGCCAAACCAGCCCAGGGCUCUUUCGGGGCCUGGGCAUGGACCAGCAGCUCCUGUGUCCCUUGGGGAGAGCCUCCUAGAGGGCUUGGGACGGACCUGUCUGGAGGUGAGAGGGGUGAUAAGGGCAUGCCCCAGCCUUUGAGGAUGGAUUAGGUCAAGAAGGGCCUCUUCCCUUCUCCAAUAACCCCCUUGCCUGAGCCCAACCCCCCUGUGCCCCUGGAUCAGGGUCUGGGCUAAAGGGCCAGGGGACUGUAUUCCCCUGAGACAAGCUGCUGACAGGUGCUUCUCCUCCUGCAUCCCCCGCCCCUCAGAUGCAGCAAGAGAAAAUCCCCAAAUGGGCAGUCGGAAGAACUGGGAUUCUCCAUAUUCUUAGGGAAGGGGAUGGACAAGGUGACCUCUGAUGUGUCUCCAGGAUUCUGCUUGGACACAAAACCCUGUCAAGGAGGCUGGGCUAGGGGAUGGGCCAGGAAGGAAAAGUUGGGGGAUGAAAAAGUGUAGGAGCCUCUCUGCUGGGGGCCCAAACCAUGCCUGCCUGCCUGCCUCCCUUCCUCCCUCCCUCCCAGGGUAUAUCCCUAGUUACCUGGACAAAGACGAGCAGUGUGUCGUGUGUGGGGACAAGGCAACCGGUUAUCACUACCGCUGCAUCACUUGUGAGGGCUGCAAGGGCUUCUUUCGCCGCACAAUCCAGAAGAACCUCCAUCCCACCUACUCCUGCAAAUAUGACAGCUGUUGUGUCAUCGACAAGAUCACCCGCAACCAGUGCCAGCUAUGUCGCUUCAAGAAGUGCAUCGCCGUGGGCAUGGCCAUGGACUUGGUUCUAGAUGACUCGAAGCGGGUGGCCAAGCGAAAGCUGAUUGAGCAGAACCGGGAGCGGCGACGGAAGGAGGAAAUGAUCCGAUCACUGCAGCAGCGACCAGAGCCUACUCCCGAAGAGUGGGACCUGAUCCAUGUUGCCACAGAGGCCCAUCGCAGCACGAAUGCCCAGGGCAGCCACUGGAAGCAGAGGCGGAAAUUCCUGCCGGAUGACAUCGGCCAGUCACCCAUCGUCUCUAUGCCGGAUGGAGACAAGGUCGACCUAGAGGCCUUCAGCGAGUUUACCAAGAUCAUCACCCCGGCCAUCACCCGUGUGGUGGACUUUGCCAAAAAACUGCCCAUGUUCUCCGAGCUGCCUUGCGAAGACCAGAUCAUCCUCCUGAAGGGGUGCUGCAUGGAGAUCAUGUCCCUGCGGGCGGCUGUCCGCUAUGACCCCGAGAGCGACACCCUGACGCUGAGCGGGGAGAUGGCCGUCAAGCGGGAGCAGCUCAAGAAUGGCGGCCUAGGCGUAGUCUCGGACGCCAUCUUUGAACUGGGCAAGUCACUCUCUGCCUUUAACCUGGAUGAUACGGAAGUGGCUCUGCUGCAGGCUGUGCUGCUAAUGUCAACAGACCGCUCGGGCCUGCUGUGUGUGGACAAGAUCGAGAAGAGUCAGGAGGCGUACCUGCUGGCGUUCGAGCACUACGUCAACCACCGCAAACACAACAUUCCGCACUUCUGGCCCAAGCUGCUGAUGAAGGUGACUGACCUCCGCAUGAUCGGGGCCUGCCACGCCAGCCGCUUCCUCCACAUGAAAGUCGAGUGCCCCACCGAACUGUUCCCCCCACUCUUCCUCGAGGUCUUUGAGGAUCAGGAAGUCUAAAGCCUCAGGCGGCCAGAGGGUGUGCGGAGCUGGUGGGGAGGAGCCUGGAGAGAAGGGGCAGAGCUGGGGGCUGAGGGAGGCCCCCCACCCCUCUUCUCUCCUUCCUCUCGUCCUCGGAUAGAUUCAGCUCCCCCACACACCCCUGCACUGCCCGUCCCUCCUCAGAACCUCCAGCCCUGGGACAGGGCAAACACAUGAACUUGCUAUGAAAAGGACAGUGUGGGAGGCUGGGGGACAGUGUCCUGCAGUUCGCAGGACCCCAUCCUCUACGAAGGUAGGGGAAGGGAGGGAGACCUAAGAGGGGACAAGCCAUCUUGACCGUAGGGGAUGGAGGAAUGUGGGGUGGGGGGAAGAUGCCCUCAACUCAGCCCCUACACACACACACACACACACACACACACACACACACACACACACGAGAGAGCCCCCCUGCCCAGUUCCUUGACCGAAGUUCCCCCUCCAGGCUAAGAGCCUCUCUGCUCCCCCAGAUGCCUGGGUGCAAAGAAAAGGCUUGGCUUGGCUCCUCCCCCCCUGGAGGUUAAAAAUUAGUCAUUCUAACUGCACUUUGGAAACCAGGCAAGGGGAGAAGAUAAA